AUGGGCAGUGCUCAGGAGCGCAUUGUUGGCAUUCCAGUCAUUUUGAUUGAAAUUCUGGACGAUCUUAUCGAUCAGGCUUGGAGAGUAGGCGAAGAGACCCAGAUUGCGACUGCCGAUCGCGAAAGCCUCAAAUCAAAGCUGGUCUCAGUUCUCAUCCCUUUGGCCAACUCUCUGAGCCUGCUGAUUCAAUACUCGGAAGCAAUCUCGAUCAUAGCAACAUCAGACUUCCCAGAACAAUGGCCGGACCUGAUCGAUAAGAUCGUCCAGAAUUUCAAUCAAAAUGACUGGAAUGCCAACAAUGCGCUCCUGAGCACUGCCCAUGCAAUCUUCAAAAGCUUGCCGGGAAUUAGCUGGGUUGCCAAGCGACAGGAGCAAUGUUAUGUUGCAAGAAGAGAAGAGAACUUUUGA